AUGCCAGGAAACCAACAGCAUCAAUAUCACACAGAUUUUGUUCCGGCAUGGGAGAAACGAUUCGGCUUGGAUAUGGGAGGAAUGAAGUGGAAAAAUUUCUUUUACCCAAAGCAAGACGCAUCAAAAUUUACAAAAAUCAUGGAAUGGUACGAUUCCGCAGGUAAGGAGUCCUUUCAACAGGCCAAGAAACGGUUCUGGGCAAAGAACCGCCUUCCAUGCAAAUUAUUUCCUCUACCAAGUCCUGAUAUGUACAUUGAUCAAAUCAACUGGAAUGCUAAACUCGACCCUCAGCUUUUCUUGGACUUGGAGGAAGCUCGCAGACAAGUGCAGGACCAUAAAGAAGGGAAUGAUUGCAUUUCGCUGGCAGAUAUAAAGCCAACAGGAUGGGAUGUAGAUUGUGAAGAAUGGCACAAACCCCUGGUAUUGACUGGUAUGAUUGUGGGAGACUAA